GGCCUGCGCCUGCCGGAAGCAGGAAGUGGGGUGGUGGCGUCGCAGUCGCUGGGGUCGGUGGCGAUGGCGGCGGCGGAGCACCUCUACCCGCGGAGCUCCAUCGAGGAUGAUUUCAACUACGGCAGCAACGUGGCCUCUGCCAGCGUUCACAUCCGCAUGGCUUUCCUACGGAAAGUCUACAGCAUUCUUUCCAUUCAAGUGCUUUUGACCACAGUCACAUCUGCAAUUUUUCUGUACUCUACUGGAGUGCAGGCAUUUGUUCAUGAAAGGCCUGCCUUGCUUUUGAUGUCUGGGCUUGGAUCUUUGGCUGUAAUUGUGGCACUGACCUUCUACAGACACCAGCAUCCUGUUAAUUUAUACCUACUUUUUGGAUUCACCCUACUGGAAGCACUGACAGUUGCCAUUGCAGUGAGUUUCUAUGAUGUGUCUGUCGUCUUGCAAGCCUUUAUUCUUACUACUGCUGUAUUUGUUGGGCUGACUACAUAUACCUUGCAGUCAAAGAGAGACUUCAGCAAAUUUGGAGCAGGCCUCUUUGCUUGUUUGUGGAUUUUAAUCUUCUCUGGUUUCUUGAGGCUGUUUUUCUAUAGUGAGACAAUAGACUUGGUGUUUGCUGCUGCUGGAGCUCUUCUGUUCUGUGGAUUUAUUAUUUAUGACACUCAUUUGCUGAUGCACAAAUUAUCCCCCGAAGAGUACAUAUUGGCUGCAAUCAAUCUCUACUUGGACAUCAUCAAUCUGUUCUUACACCUGCUGCGCUUAUUGGAGGCAUUUAAUAAAAAAUAGUCAAAACUGGUAUGGUUUGUCUACAGCAUAUACAAGGUUAAGUGUUUGGAUGAUCUGCAAACUGUUUAGUUCUGUCUUCUAGAGGCUGGAUCUUUACUAUUUCAUUCCAUGAAUUUUGAUCCCUCCUUAUGAAAAAAAAGGCUUUUUUUUAUGUAGCUAUAGUUGUUCUCUAGAAGAUAUAUUUUAUGUAGUUUAUAUGUUGCCAUCAUUUCAGUCACUCUUUUAAUCACUUAAUUUGCACUUGACAUAAUUCACAAUUAAAAUAUUUGCCAACUUCUGCUUGCUCCAGAGUAAGCCUCUCCCUGCUAUUCUGUAGCUGCUGGAAGUGUUUGCUUUGGGAUUAUAAGUGUGUGUACCUCAUAAAGGUAGCCUGAGUUUUUCAUUGUGCAAUGUUUUACUGAGCUAAGAAUUUUUUUAGUUGUUUGUUACAAUGGAGUGAUGUCUCUGACAGAGACACUCUGUUCUUGUGAAGGGCCAUCAGGUUAUUAUGUAAACUGUGAGGGUAUUAAAGCAACUAAAGGGAAUGAUCUUCAUUUAAGUAUUAUUUAUUAACUUUCUUUCAGUGAUCUGAAAAAUCUUUCGUAGAUGGAUUCUGGCAUCUUGUCAGUUUGUGUAUAUUGAGGUUAAUUUUCUGUUAAUAAAAUCUGGGAAACUGUUAGUCUGCUCUUGCAGCUGAGACCUGAGAACUCCAGGGUGCUGAGAAGGAGCCCUGCAAGCCCUCGCUGGGCAGGCAAGCACACAACAGCAGAGGAGAGGCACCAAGCUGUUGGAGUCCUUGAAAGGCAUUAGGAUGAAAACAGUUCUGAAAGGCUUUCUUAUCUCACGUUCAGUGCUUAUGUUGAAGUAUCGUGACUGCUCGCCUGUCCUGUCUGAGAGAUUAGCAGAAAGGAGAUGCAGUUCUUGGAAUUCUCCCAUGUCCCACCACAAGCGGUGAUGAACUUUCCAUGCUGGAGUGUGACUGAGGCUGUUGCCUAAGUGCGGCUGGGAAUUGUUGUGACCAAGUGUGAUGGAUUUCUGUCUUCUGUCUUAGGUGUGUCGGUAGCUAAAAAUAAAACUUGGUGGUUUUUUUCCUUGUGAU